GGGGGGUCUUCACGUUCUCGUGGCGCGGCGCAGGCGUACUGGGUCCUCGGCGCGGACCGCGCAGACUGAAUAAUAAAAGGGGAGCGGCGAAGAGGCAGGAAGACAAGACCAUGUCGAAGGGCCCCGGGCCCGGCGGCUCCGCAGCUUCCUCGGCGCCCCCGGCCGCUACCGCUCAGGUGCUGCAGGCACAGCCCGAGAAACCGCAGCACUACACCUAUGUUAGAUACUAAAGAAGGCUUCCCCACAACCCAUAUGCAUCUGCUUUGACUGGUGGUUUCUAUCAUCCUACAAAGACUGUGACUUAUUGGUGAGGGCAGCUGGACAACUCUGAGAGCAACUUAGAGAAAUCCAUCUUGGGCACACUCUAUAAAGGAGCUCCUUCUCUGCAAAUAGCACCCCAGAUAAGUGCACAAAAGCAAGAUACCCUCGUGGACCUACACGUCCUCCCGCUUUUCAACACCCUGAUGCCUGAAGCUAUGGUUGAUACUAAAGGAGGUUUUCCCACUAUCCGUAUGCAUCUUCUAUGUUUUGAAAUUGCAACUAUGGACAGUUAUGGCUAAUCCUAGUAGAUUGUCUUCCCUUCUUUUAACAUCUUGGAUGAAUUUGGGUCACACUAAUUGUUAUGUGAAGAUGGAUGUUGAAUGUACCUGAAGGAAUUCCGCACGGAGCAGUGCCCACUCUUUGUGCAACACAAAUGCACGCAGCAUCGGCCCUACACCUGCUUCCACUGGCACUUCGUGAACCAGCGGCGCCGCCGGUCCAUCCGCCGUCGGGACGGCACCUUCAAUUACAGCCCUGACGUCUACUGCACCAAGUACGACGAGGCUACAGGCCUCUGCCCGGAGGGCGACGAGUGCCCAUUCCUGCACAGAACCACAGGAGACACUGAGCGCAGGUACCACCUUCGUUACUACAAAACUGGAAUCUGCAUCCACGAGACAGACUCAAAAGGCAACUGCACCAAAAACGGCCUGCACUGCGCUUUUGCCCACGGGCCCCAUGACCUCCGCUCCCCUGUCUACGACAUCAGGGAGCUUCAGGCCAUGGAGGCCUUGCAGAAUGGCCAGACCACAGUAGAAGGGAGCAUAGAGGGCCAGUCGGCUGGGGCUGCGAGCCACGCCAUGAUAGAAAAGAUCCUCAGCGAGGAGCCUCGGUGGCAAGAGACUGCUUAUGUGCUGGGGAACUAUAAGACGGAGCCUUGCAAGAAGCCCCCGCGGCUGUGCCGCCAAGGCUAUGCCUGUCCCUACUACCACAACAGCAAGGACCGGCGGCGGAGCCCCCGGAAGCACAAAUACAGGUCAUCUCCAUGUCCAAACGUCAAGCACGGGGAUGAGUGGGGAGACCCUGGCAAGUGUGAGAACGGAGACGCCUGCCAGUACUGCCACACCCGCACCGAGCAGCAGUUCCACCCGGAGAUCUACAAGUCCACCAAGUGCAACGACAUGCAGCAGUCGGGCAGCUGUCCCCGAGGACCCUUCUGCGCCUUUGCCCACGUAGAACAGCCACCCCUAAGUGAUGACCUGCAGCCUUCCUCAGCUGUGUCCAGUCCCACCCAGCCGGGUCCCGUCCUGUACAUGCCGUCUGCUGCCGGAGACUCGGUGCCUGUGAGCCCCUCCAGCCCGCAUGCCCCUGACCUCAGUGCCCUCCUCUGUAGAAACAGCAGCCUAGGCAGCCCGUCUAACCUCUGCAGCUCCCCGCCGGGCUCCAUCAGGAAGCCCCCAAACCUGGAGGGCAUUGUCUUCCCCGGGGAGUCUGGCCUGGCCCCUGGCAGCUAUAAGAAGGCUCCUGGCUUCGAGAGGGAAGACCAGGUGGGAGCCGAGUACCUGAAAAAUUUCAAAUGCCAGGCCAAAUUAAAACCCCACUCAUUAGAGCCCAGGAGUCAAGAGCAGCCUCUGCUUCAGCCCAAACAGGACAUGCUGGGCAUCCUCCCCGCAGGCAGCCCCCUGACCUCAAGCAUCUCUUCUAGUAUCACCUCCAGCCUGGCAGCUACCCCCCCUAGCCCAGUGGGCACCAGCAGCGUCCCCGGCAUGAAUGCAAACGCUCUGCCCUUCUACCCCACCAGCGACACGGUAGAGUCAGUCAUAGAGUCUGCUUUGGAUGACUUGGACCUGAAUGAGUUUGGCGUGGCCGCCCUGGAGAAGACGUUCGACAACAGCACAGUGCCCCACCCAGGAAGCAUCACCAUCGGCGGCAGCUUGCUGCAGAGCUCUGCGCCCGUGAACAUCCCCGGCUCCUUGGGCAGCUCUGCCUCCUUCCACUCAGCAUCCCCGUCCCCUCCUGUCAGCCUCUCCUCACAUUUCCUGCAGCAGCCCCAGGGCCACCUGAGCCAGUCGGAAAACACAUUUUUGGGAACCUCAGCAUCACAUGGAUCUUUGGGUCUGAACGGGAUGAAUAGCAGCAUCUGGGAGCACUUUGCCUCUGGAAGCUUCUCCCCGGGCACUUCCCCUGCUUUCCUAUCAGGGCCAGGGGCUGCUGAGCUGGCCCGACUUCGGCAAGAGCUGGAUGAAGCCAACAGCACCAUCAAGCAGUGGGAGGAGUCCUGGAAGCAGGCCAAGCAGGCUUGUGAUGCCUGGAAGAAAGAGGCGGAGGAGGCUGGUGAGCGGGCCAGUGCAGCGGGCGCCGAGUGCGAGCUGGCCCGGGAGCAGCGGGAUGCGCUGGAGGUGCAGGUGAAGAAACUCCAGGAGGAGCUGGAGCGGCUACACGCAGGGCCCGAGCCCCAGGCCCUGCCCGCCUUCUCUGACCUGGAGGCACUCUCUCUCUCCACCCUCUACUCCCUCCAGAAGCAGCUGCGGGCCCAUCUGGAACAAGUGGACAAGGCCGUGUUCCACAUGCAGUCGGUGAAAUGCCUUAAGUGUCAGGAACAGAAGCGGGCAGUGCUGCCGUGCCAACAUGCUGCGCUGUGUGAGCUCUGUGCUGAGGGCAGUGAGUGCCCCAUCUGCCAGCCUGGCCGGGCCCAUGCCCUCCAGUCGUGACCCUGCAGGCCUGGCCCAGCCUGGCCCAGAUCUUCUCACCUAGGACUUUUUAAAGUAUAUAUAUAUAUAUAUAUAUGAAUAUAUAUAUAUAUAUGUGUAUGUAUGUAUGUAUAUGUAUAUGAUUAUGUAUAUGUAUACAUUUCCGUAUGUGUGCAGGUAUGCGUGGUGGUGUGGACAGUGUCUGUGUGUAUAUCUGUACAUAGAUAUAGACACACACUUUAAAAGACUUACCAAGCACUUUUUAAAAGAAGAAACUAUUUUGCAGUCCUCCCCUACCCACUCCCUGCCCUUCCUACCGCAGAGACGACAUCCCCUCUUCUCCCACUGGCCUUUUGGCAGAUAAUCUGUUUCUCUUUUUUAAUGUAGGAACUAACUAUUUUUAACUUCUUCCUGGGGCCUGAGCAGGGAAGGGUGGGACUGGAAGGCACUAAGGGGAGGGGAGAAGCCCUCAGGGCAGGCCCUGCUCCCCCUACCUCCUUGCCAGGGCAAGGGUGGAGUGUGGAAAACGUGGGUCCCCCAGAGCAGGCCUGGCCCCCAGCUGUGAGGGCCUCAGGGAGGCCUGAGGGGUUGUGCUGGGGGUCUCAGCUGGCUUAGCUCCUAGGUUUACCAAAUGUAUAGUCCUGGGGAGAAGAGUAAGGGCUGGAGGCCAGCGCUGCAGGGCCAGCCCCACUCCGACACCUGGGCCCUUGAAGCUCCUCGAGGGGCAAGGCCCAGGAGUUCCAGCCCUCAGGUUCCUGAGGGUCCACCCUCAGCCCUCUCCCCCUGGACUCCCCACAAGAGCCUCCUGGCCCCAGGGCCACCUACCAGGCUGGCACUCAUUCUAUGACCUCCCCACCUCCCCCCGACCACUACCAGCUGCCCCCAGCUCUCCCUGCCCCCUCCCCUCUCUGGCAGCUAGCAGGGCAAUUGGCGGGGAGGAGUGCAGACUGAGGACCAAGGGGGCCCAGGCCCUGCCCUCCUAGCCGGAGGGGCUCCGUAUGCAUUCCUUGGUGCUCUCUGAGUGCAGCUGGUGUCCCGCCCUGUUCUGGGCGGACGCCUGUGUGCGUGUGUGUGUGCCUGUCCAGUGUAUAUUGUGUCUUAGCUUCCAUUUUAAAAAUCGUUCUGUACAGAGAGAGAUGCAGCAGGGGCGGGAGGGCAGAGUGGGCGGAGGGGAGCAGCCGCACCCCCAGCACCGGGUGUCUGGGGUAGGAGCAAGAGGGCUGAGAGGGUCUGGUCCUGGCCCAGGCUCCCCCUUGGGCUCAGCACGAAAGGGCUUUCAAUGAGUUAAGUGAAAACUUUUUCCUUUUUUACAAAAAUGCAAAAAUCAACAAAGCUCCAAACCUAUUGGAAAUAAAAUAUGAACUUGCA